GUUCGCGUGCAGAUGGCGUGAGUGUGUGUGUGUGUGUGUGUGUGUGUGUGUGUGUGUGUGUGUGUGUGUGUGUGUGUGUGUGUGUGUGUGUGUGGUGUUGGUUGAUCGUUACACUGUGACAACUGCUCCACUUUCUCCCUUUAAACCAACGACUCCGACAUUCGGUCGCAAUGGAGACUUUUAUUAAAGUCACCAAUCAGAGCCAAGGAAGGGAUCGCAUUUUCAGGGCAACCCAGUAUGCAUGCGCUUGGGCCAAGUAUCUGCUUCGAAAUGAUGCAAAGAGGAAAGUUGUGGUGCAGAAGUUGAAGAGUUUGGAGUCCAACAUGAGCGCAGGACGGAAGCUUUUCAGGCUCGGGAAUACCGUGAGCUCAAUUGACGCCGCCAGGAGAACGCUGUACCUGUCCGACCCUGUGCUGCGGGUUUGCCUGACCGUAGUCAAUCUGAACCGCGCCCUUUAUUUCAUCUGCGACAACGUCCUCUGGGCCCAAAGCAUCCACCUCAUCCGAGAUCUGGAUAAAGACCGCUGGAGCCUAAACGCCAGCCGGUAUUACUUUUACUCCUUGGUGAUGAAUCUCGUCCAGGACGCGUAUCUGAUCGGUCAGCUCAUGAUCCGGAAGUCUCGAGACGGACAAUAUCGACAGAAAGUCGACCGUCACCUCAACGAGAACCAGGACGCCGCUACGGUCAUUAUUCCGCCGCUGGACGCUUUGGUUUUUCUCCUCAUUGAGAGCCUCAGAAGUCACCCAGCUCUUGUUCUUGAUGUGCUGAAGAACGUAUGCGAUCUUUUCAUUCCUUUAGAUAAGCUUGGACUUUACAGGACAAAUGAAGGGGUCACGGGAUUCUGUGGACUCGUUUCUUCACUUAUCGGCAUACUGUUGAUCCUGAAACCUGGUCUGAAAUACAAACCCUAAGAGAUGGAGCAAAUGUUUGGAGCUCAAACUGAAAAAUCUUGAAGACAUCAGAUUAGUGUCUUGGAUGAAUCAAUUUGGUAAUGGAGUCACUACCAGAGAGGAUAUUUUAUAUAAUAAUGGAAUAAUGGAAAUUAUAUGCUUUUCAGUUUGAUACAGGACCACCUUAUCAUUCUUUCGGUAAUCAGCCAAUCACGUUGCAGCAGGACAAUACUGAAAAAUUAUACAGAUACUGGUUGUGGGUUUUUUUAGUUUAUGUUCCUAUCAAACAUUAGAGUCUGAUCUCUGUGACUUUAUUGGUGCUAGAUCCACACAAACAGUUGCUAGCGUUUUCACAGAAUGGUGUGAAAAAUAAAAGAAAAAACACUGAUUGAGCAACAGUUAUGUGUGGAAAGCCCUUGCUAGUGAGAGAGAUCAGAGGAAAAUGGACUAAUUGAGUCAAGCUGCCAGGAUGGAGAUACUAUUAAAAUCAGUCUUUAUAGCUGUGGUGAGCAGAAAAGCGUCGACAUUUAGAGUGGAUGAAACAGUCAGCCAAGAACUGGAAUCUGACACCAUCAUGAGUCACUAAAACUGGAUUUGGACACCACAUGAAAAACCCUUGUCAUAAGAUCACAUUUUUUCCAUGUGCACAUUAACUGAAGAUCUUCUCUUGACUUAUAUCGUCAUGAUCUUAUACACUGCGCUGCUGCAACAUGGUUGUUCCUAAUAAAGUGGCCAGCGAGUGGAUGUCUCCAUGUGACUGGAUUACUGUGAAUAGGUAGAGGUUUUAUCAGUGCUACUGAAAGGUGUGAAAUCCCUCAUGAGUUAUAGAGUUUCAGAUCAUCUCACUUACCCUCCCUAAUGCACUUUGUGUAGGAGCUCCACGUUUCAACAAUGGAACCAGUCAUAAAUAAGUGUUUAGAUCUUCACUGGUGUCCGGUUUUAAACUGGAUGAUUGAAUCUUCCAAACUGCACCAACUAAGCUUCAGCAACCAGCUAGUUCCUGUAAGGGUUAAGCGUGCGUCAACACACAGAUGUACUGCCCCACCCACCAACACCAACACCACCAACCAGCUACAGUACCAUAAUAAUCACAUGGAAUCCCCUAGCAACUGCAGAGCAACAUCCAAACAACUAACUGGGAUACCCUAGUAACAUCUUAACAACCAGCUGCGAUACGCUAGCGACCGCCUAGCGACACCCUAACAACCAACUUGGAUAUCCUAGAACUGCCUAGCAACAUUCUAACAACCAGCUGGGAUACCCUUGCAACUACCUAGCAACAUUCUAAAAACCAGCUGGAAUACCCUAGCAACCAACUUGGAUAUCCUAGAUCUGCCUAGCAACACCCUAACAACCAAAUGGGAUUGCCUAGCAACACGCUAACAACAAGCUGGGAUACCCUAGCAACUGGCUUGCAUCAUUUUAGCAACCAACUGGGAUCCCCUAGCAACUCCCUAACAAACAACUAGGAUAUCCUAGAACAGGCUAGGAACACCUUAACAACCAACUAGGAUCCCCUAGUAACUGCCUAGCAACACCUUAACACUCAACUGGGAUACCCUAGCAACUGCCUAGCAACAUUCUAAAAACCAGUGGGGUCCCCUAGUAACUGCUUAACAACAUUCUAACAACCAGCUGGGAUACCCUAGCAACUGCCUAGCAACACCGUGACAACCAGCUGGGAUACCCUAGCAACUGCCUAGUAACACCCUAACAACCAACUUGGAUAUCCUAGAACUGCCUAGCAACACCCUAACAACCAACUGGGACACCCUAGCAACACUGUAACAACAAGCUAGGAUUCCCUAGCAACUGGCUAGCAACACCCUAACAACCAACUGGGAUACCCUAGCAACUGCCUAGCAACACCCUAACAACCAACUUGGAUACCCUAGCAACUGCCUAGCAACACCUUACCAACCAACUGGGAUCCCCUAGCAACUGCCUAGCAACACCCUAACAACCAACUUGAAUCCCUUAGCAACCACUUGGGAUCCCAUAGCAACACCUUAACAACAAGCUAGGAUUCCCUAGCAACUGCCUAGCAACACCUUAACAACCAACUGGGAUACCCUAGCAACUGCCUAGCAACACCUUAACAACCAACUGGGAUCCCCUAGCAACUGCCUAGCAACACCCUAACAACCAACUUGAAUCCCUUAGCAACCAUUUGGGAUCCCAUAGCAACACCUUAACAACAAGCUAGGAUUACCUAGCAACACCUUAACAACCAGCUGGGCUUCCCUAGGAACUGCCUAGCAACACCCUAACGACCAACUCGAGUCCCCUAGCAACCACCUGGGAUCCCAUAGCAACACCCUAACAGAUCCUGUUAUCACUUGCCUUAUAGCAGCAAUAAAACAGCAGUUCCAUCACCAGCUUCUCUUUUUAUUCUCUCUCUUGAAAUGAAUAAUGCAAAAAACAAACAAACAAACAAACCUUCAGCAUAUAAUGUUACCUAGACACAUGUUACUGAUCAGAGAGUGGUGAAGUGGAUAUCUCACUCCUAAAACAGAGGCAGGGAUGUGCAUCAUAUCCUCUCCACAGCUUAUAGGUUUUGUUGUAGUUGUAAUAAUCAGUGAGUUGUAGAUUAGUACAGAGAUUAUAGAAAAACAACAAUAGGGCACGUUAAAUUUGUUAGGAUAUAUUUAUAAAUAAAAAGUGCUUUAAUUAUUA